UAAGUGAAAUAUAUAUAUGACCUUUUAGUGUUUUACACAUUGGGUCCUCCUCCAAGGCUCUGGGCUGUAGAUCAUCUUGACCACUGCUCCUUACCCAGGAAUCACUUAAGGGUUUUUUGGGGUCCUUUACUUUUUAAAAACAAACAAAAUGGCACCAAAGAAGGAUGUUAAGAAAGCUGCACCAGCAUCAGCACCAGCACCGGCACCGGCACCAGCUCCUGCCCCAGCGCCUGCCCCAGAACCAGCUAAACCCAAAGAACCAGUAAUUGAUCUGAAGAGCAUCAAGAUCGAGUUCUCCAAGGAGCAGCAGGAUGACUACAAGGAUGCUUUCCUCCUCUUUGACAGGACAGGUGAAGGCAAGAUCAUCUUAAGCCAGGUUGGUGACAUCAUCCGUGCUCUAGGACAGAACCCUACAAAUGAUGAGAUCAAGAAGAUCCUGGGCAACCCCAGCAAGGAAGAGAUGAAUGCCAAGAAAAUUACAUUUGAAGAAUUCCUGCCCAUGAUGCAGGCUGCUGCCAACAACAAGGAACAGGGUUCCUUUGAAGACUUCGUUGAAGGUCUGCGUGUCUUUGACAAGGAGGGCAACGGCACAGUCAUGGGUGCUGAACUCCGUCAUGUACUGGCCACUCUGGGGGAGAAGAUGACGGAGGAAGAAGUAGACGAACUGCUAAAAGGACAGGAAGACUCUAAUGGUUGCAUCAACUAUGAGGCAUUUGUAAAACACAUCAUGUCUCUUUAAAUGGAUUUCACAAAAUAUAAAUA